AUGUAUUUAUUUUCUACAGAGCAGCACAGUGAGUGUCAACGUCUCCACUCUCCACAGGUGUCAAUACUGGAGGCCAUCUCUGUGCUCCACCCUGACAAGGUUAAUGUGGUGAAGUUCUUCGAGAUGUUCAAAGAUAUGGUGUGGACAUGUCUUGUGUUUGAAAUGUUGGACAUGCAUCUCUACGACCUGAUUGAAGAACGAGAUGGAAAACCACUGUGUCUCCAGGAGAUACGGCCCAUAGCACAGCAGCUGCUGGUUGCCUUGGAUGCCCUAAAGAGUCUUGGGAUCAUCCACACUGACAUCAAGCCUGACAAUAUAAUGAUGGUCCACAAGCAGAGCCAGACCCUCAGGGUGAAACUUAUAGACUUUGGUGAAGCCAUGCUGGCCUCCAAAGCGGAGCCUACGAUGGAAGCUCAACCAAUCGGAUACAGGUCUCCAGAAAUUGCCCUCGGCCUGCCUUUCCAUGAGGCUAUAGAUGUGUGGGGGGUCGGCUGCAUCCUGGCCUUCCUCUACCUGGCUGAUCACCUCUUCCAGGUGCACUGCGAAUAUCAAACGAUGAAGAGCAUGGUGGAGGUCCUGGGCCAGCCGAGGGACUGUCUGCUGAAUGCUGGACUCCUCACAAAGUUGUUCUUCUGUGAGAAGGAGAGUUCCUGGAGGCUCCUGAGACCUGUAGAGUACAGACUCGUCAGUGGGAUGUACGCAGAGGAGCACAUCAACAGAAUUGAGCAGCCCACGUCUCUGGAUGAUCUGUUCUACCCCAGAGAAACGGCUGCUGAGUAUGUGGACAGGAAGGCUUUUGUGGACCUCCUUAAAAAGCUGCUGCAUCUUGAAGGGGAUCUGAGGAUCUCUCCCCAUCAAGCUCUGCAGCACCCUUUCAUAACAACGUCCCACCUGGUGGAGCAGUGCCACAGCAAAGCAUAUCUGACCACCGCCCAGUCCAUGAUGGACCUUUUGGAGGACUCAGCAGACCGAGUGAACACCCCUGCAGCCCUCAAACCUGAUCAAGGCUCGGCCACCGGAUCCUGCAGUCCCAGUGAUGAUGGGUCAGCCAAUGGGACCUUUAAGGGAACCACAGACCCUGUCUCCUUUGUGGAUGGUCCAGAGUCAGAUACAUCAGAUCAAGGCGUGUACUCUGAUGAUGAUGAUGAUGAUUUGGCUCCUGAGGAAGUUCUGUCUUUACUCCCUUUUGAUAAAGAUCAAGCUGCCCGCACUGAUGAUGAGGAAAUACAGCCUCACAAAGACACAGUCUCCUUUGAAAACGAUCCCACUUUGGGGUCCUCCUGUGAAGAAGAUUCAGCUAUGUGGUCUUCUGAUGACGAUUUGACCUGGGUCACCUAUGAUGAAGAUCUAGCUAUGUGGUCUUCUGUUGAAGACUUGACCUCCGUCACCUAUGAUGAAGACCUGGCUAUGUGGUCUUCUGAUGAUGAUGACGUGUCUUCCCUCUCCAGUGAAGAUUUAGCCUCCUUGUCUUCCCACAUUGAUGGACCACCUCCCAGCCUCCUUUCAUCGGAUGGAGCCUCCUCCAGAGACUCCUGGUCUGCAUCCUCGGCCUCCUCUGGUCGAAAGAGAAAAACUGGGAAGCGGAUUCAGAGAUUCUUCAGGCGUGUCACUGAAGCCUUCUGUUGUUGCUGCUGUGUGGAGGACUGA